AAGCACGACUGAUUGAAGCGGAAGGCAUUGAAGUGCGCGGCCGCGGGACGUCUGCUGUUGUGGUUGACACCUGUUUCCUUUCACGGGAUUUGUGUGCAUGAGACCUGUGAUGGCAGUAGCCUUGUAAGCCGGGACCUCACCUGACUUCUCUCCCCCCAAGAUGAGCUCCUCUCCUGAGCCUGAUCCUGCGUCGGCGUCCCCUGUCCUGCAGCUAGCGAGUGGUGCAGAGCGGGAGGAGCCCCCCGCUCUCUUACCGGUUGUCUACCCACCCUCUCUGGGCAUGGAAAGGGAUGCCGUGUGCAUCCCUUCUCCUUACGCAGACGGGAACCAGGAGUACGGCCACCUGCCGGGCAGCGAGUUCGGUUCCAGGGCCCUGGCCUUCUACGGUGCACCCACGCCCCGUGUGUCUGAGGGCCCCGUGAUGGGACCUCCACUCAGCCCCUCCCUCUUUUGGAGCGUCCACACCACGCAAGCCACGCCCACUAUUGCGCUGCAUUGCCCGCCCCCGCUUGUAUAUAGUGAGCCACGGGCGCACCCACCCUGGGCGGAGUCUAAAGCGCAUGCUAUGAGUCAGAACAGCUCCUCACUGUUUGGGAAGCACGCUGAAGACGGCGGCGAUGGUACGACCUCCUCUUCCUCAGUGGGCGUGGCAGGCUCCAAGAGCGACCUCCAUUUCUGCGUAGUGUGUCACGAUUACGCCUCGGGUUACCACUACGGGGUAUGGUCCUGCGAAGGCUGCAAGGCUUUCUUCAAGAGGAGCAUUCAAGGGCACAACGACUACAUCUGCCCGGCCACCAACCAGUGCACGAUUGACAAAAACCGCCGCAAGAGCUGCCAGGCCUGUCGUCUGCGCAAGUGCUACGAAGUGGGCAUGAUGAAGUGCGGCGUAAGACGAGAGCGGUGUGGUUAUCGGGGUGUCCGCCACCGACGCGCUCCCCAGAUUAGAGACAGCUCAGUUGGGGUCAGAGGUCAUCCCCAGUGCCAUCAGCAGGGCCCGCUCCCCCUCCCUCCGUCAGCUUCAGGGUCAGCUUCAGUCUCGGUAGAGGGUCAGCUGGCGGCACUGUCUCCCGAGCAGCUGGUACGCUGCUUCCUGGCUGCCGAGCCCCCCCAGAUCUACCUGCGGCAGCAGAUGAAGAAGCCCUACACCGAGGCCAGCAUGAUGAUGUCCCUCACCAACCUCGCCGACAGGGAGCUUGUACUCAUGAUCAGCUGGGCCAAGAAGAUACCGGGCUUCAUGGAGCUGAGCCUGUCCCACCAGGUACAGCUGCUGGAGUGUUGUUGGCUGGAGGUUCUCAUGCUGGGCCUCAUGUGGCGCUCCGUCGAUCACCCCGGGAAACUCAUCUUCACCCCAGACCUUAAGCUCAACAGGGAGGAGGGGAACUGUGUGGAGGGGAUCAUGGAGAUCUUUGACAUGCUACUCGCAGGCUCCUCCAGGUUCCGGGAGCUGAAGCUCCAGCAGGAGGAGUACGUGUGUCUCAAAGCCCUCAUCCUGCUCAACUCCAACAUGACUUCCCCGGAGACAGAGGCGGAGCUGGAGAGUAGGGCGCGGUUGCUCCGCCUACUGGACGCUGUGACCGACGCCCUGGUGUGGGCCAUCUCCAGAACGGGGCUGUCCAUGUCGCAGCAGUCCGCACGACUGGCCCACCUGCUUAUGCUGCUCUCACACAUACGACAUCUUAGCAACAAAGGCAUGGAGCACCUUUCCAAUAUGAAGAGGAAGAAUGUGGUCCUGUUGUACGAUCUUCUCUUGGAGAUGCUCGAUGCCAACACGGUGCACAGCAGUCAUGUGUCCAAUGCCAGGUGCCCCUACCCUGGCCACCCUGACCCUGGGCCCCCAGCUCCAGCCUCGCCCCACGACACUAACCCAAGUCCAGAGAGUCAGAACCCAGUCCCCGAGUGCUUUUCCAAGGGUGCAGAAGAGUGCCAUGGGUUCCAGAACAGCCAGGAGUGACUUCUGUUUUCAUCAAAAAACACCCACUCAUGUACACACACACAGAAAAAACAAACAAAAUCCUCUGUCAAGGACAUCUAGAGACAUCCUUGUCCAUCCUGUAUGAGGCUAACCAUGAAGAACAUCAUGCUGUCAAUCACCUUUGCACUGUGUUGUUCAGUUUUAUUACCCUGUUCGUCAGUUGCCCCUGUCGCUUCAAUUGGGAAUCACCCCAACAUUACCCUAAAGGCCAUAGCAAGACUUGAUUACUUCAAAUGAUGGUAUAUCUUGCAGUCACAACAGCGAAGGACAUAGAUGAAGUCAAAUGCCAGGCGAAGACUACACUACCAAUCACCCCCUACCACCACAGUUGUGGGCGUCGCCACUUAAUGGGGCUUCAUAAAGAAACUGAAACGUUAACAGGCUGCGUAGGCGUGAAGGAGACCUUCCUCUCUGGCUGACACGCUACCUGAUGCCCCUGCCCAGAGCCUAGUUAUCCUGCCUGGGGGAAACGUCUGCCCAAGGGCCCUGGUCCGGCGCUUCAAAGGGUAAAUGGACAUUUACGUUGAGUUAAUACAUUAACUUUUUGCAGCUUUCUCAUUUUUAUUAAAGAGAACCCUCUCAAAAAUGGGACAUUUUUUAAAAAUGAUAAAAGAUAGGCAACAGAAAUGAUUAAUGCCACAGUAUGUGAAGUACUGUUUGUGCCAGCAUUGACCUGUAAAUACUGAUUGUAUCACCAAAUUAGUUUAUGCAAUGAACUAAGUGUUCUCUGGAAAAAAGUGCAUACUUUUCAUAGCUUUUUGCAUUUUGUACACUUUUUGUGUAAGACUAUAAUCAUGGCUGUUUUUGCAGUUGUCAUUUAAGACCUAGAUACACAGUGAUGGUUUCGCUCCAGCACGAUGACUCGGAAGUACUUUCAGAACUCAGUCUGACUGAACAGGGAAAGCUUUAUGCUCGACAGACCAACAGUCUGCAGGAAAAGACACUAAAACAGAUGCUAGGAUCACAAAUAUCAGCGGUCAUGAUGUACAUGUGAUUUUGCAGAGUCUUUUUGUGUACGCAGGCCCUGAUACUGGGUAAAGUGUUCCGUGACUUACAUUUGUGCAUUCUGUCGCUGUACUGCUGAAAUACAAGCAAAAGAAACGUUGGCCUAAAUGAAGGGCUAAACUUGAAGGCUCUGACAUCCAUAAUGCAGUGUGCAUGGCCACAAGGCCAUACAUUGUGAUUCAUGCUCUCUAGGUGAGGGUGAGGUCCUUAAGAAAGAAAAACAAAGGUGUUAUAUUUUGGAGAGAAGGCCCGGUCGUACUGCCGUGCCGUUUGGGGUUCAGUGCUUUAAGACAGUUGUAAACAAU